AUGCUUGGCUAUGGGCGCUACUUCUCGCUCGACGUGCUCAUCCUCUCCGUGGUGGCGCUCCUCGCGAUCCAGCUCAUCGAGAAGGCCCGCGUUAUGUGGCUCACCCUCCGCGCCGCGUGGACGCCUCCUCUUGUCGCUCGCCUGCUGACGCCCGCCGUGGCCUGGCACAAGUGCACCGACGCCGAGCUGUGCGCGGUGGACGGCGCGCCACCAGAGGCGCGGCACGCCGUCGAGUCCGACGGGCCGUACCUCGUCGACGCCGACGGCCGCAGGACGCUCGACUGCUCGGGCUCGGACGGGGCCAACGUGCACGGGUACAACUUUUACAAGGCGUGCGUGGCGGAGGGCAACGACCGGAUAGCAAAGCUGGGACCGAACGUCUCCUUCCACUCCUCCGGCGCAGAGGCGGUCACUGCCGCCGUCCAGCUCUGCCGCUUCAACACGCGGCGGCGACUCGUGCUCGCCUUCGACGCCGCCGCCGACAGAGGCUCGCUCUCCGAGCUGGGCGGUGUCCUUCGCUGCAGCAGCCUCGACGCGGCCGCGCUGCGCUUGCUCGCCGCGCGUGCGGCCGAGGUUGCUUGCGUCGUGGUCGAUCCCCUGCAGGCUCUCGAGCGGAGGGGCGGCGGAGGGGCGGCGGGGGACGGGAAGGCGGACCCCGACGCGGCGUACAAGUCCUGGCUCCAGACGCUGCGCGACGCCUGCACGCGCAGCAACGUCCCGCUCCUCCUCGACGAGGUCGACUCGGGCUUCCGGCUCGCGGUGGGCGGCGCGCAGCGGCACUUUGGCGUCGUCGCCGACAUGGUCGCCUGCCGCGAGGAACUCGAGGAGCGAGUUGCGUCGCCAUCCCUCACUCGCUGGCUCGAGACUCAGCGGAUCGACCCAGACGACCCGGCCCGCCCCGCGCUCGGCUCGAGCACCUCAGCCGCCGCGCCCUCGCUCCUCGGCCCCACGGCGGCCUUCCUCGAAUUCGUCGCCUCCCCCACCGCCGCCGACAAGUACCAGCGCGGCGCCGCCCUCACCGCAAAGUGGGCCGCCGAGACGAACCGCAAGCUCGCGCAGUCGGCCCUCCCCCUGCGCGUCGAGCACCUCGCCACGGUGUGGACUCUGCGCUACCCUCGCGCCUCGCGCUACCACUGGCUCCUGCCGCACUACCUCCGCGCCGAGGCGAGCCCUGAGUCCCCGCGGCCGCCAGUGUAA